AUGGACGUUGUGACCAAAGCCACCGGCUAUUGGGCCGACGACAAGCAAGUCAUGUGGCUGCUCUCCGAGGCGCUGUUCGUCCUCGCCAGCAUGACCCGCCCCGAGCAGGUCACGACCGGCGAAGAACUCGCACGCCUGCACCGCUCGCAGGGCUACUCGAAGAUCGCCGUCCACUUCGUCAUCGAACGUGACGGCUCGAUCUACGACGGUCGCCCGCUGAAUCAGCCCGGCGCUCUCGCCGGUAAGCACAACCAAUCCGCAUACCAAGUCUGCCUCCUGGGCGGCGUCAACGACGCCAUGCAGCCCGAGGACAACUUCACCGAAGCCCAACACGCCGCGCUGCGACGCCUGCUCGCCGCCUACGGCAAGCCCGUCGUCGUCCUGGAUCACCUGCGUCGCCACUCGCACCUGACCUCGUGGCAGGCCGAAGGCGUCUACCGCAUCCGCCGCCUCGCCUCGCGCGUCGAUGAGCUGCGCGCUGCUGGCUUCGAGAUCGAAACGCAGACCUGCGAGGACGCCUCGGGGCAGCGGUACACGCGCUAUCGCCUGUCGCGCCGUCAGCGCCGCAGCAAGGCUCCGCUCCUGGAAGCGCGCCGCGCUCCGAAGCAGUACCGCGUCGAUGCGCUGCUCCAGCUGUAUCGCAACUACUGCACCGACGAGCUGGGCCUCGACGCCAACGAUGCGACCGAAGAAGUCGCCGCAUUCACCAAGUUCCUGCUGGAGAAGAACGCAUGA